ACGUCGCCUCUUUGUAACAUUCAGAAGGCAAGAUUUAUCAUAGCCUUUCUGGUUUGUUUGUGAGCCAAGAAGAACGCGAUCGUCUCACUUGAUCGACGGUUCUGCAGUUCGCGUUUCAAAAGACACGCAGACAAUGCAGCAACUGCACACUCCAGCACGUCUCUUGCCACAGAGUCUAUCCUUCAGUCCAAUCUCACAUAAGACAACGCUGCGUGCUGCUACUUUUCGACGUGGCAGAGUCAUCGCCUCAGCGACUGUUGCAGAGGAUGCCAAGAAGCUUUACAAUGCCCUGGAAACAGCAGCUCUCGAACUCAGAAGAGCACCUCCCUCGCUGAAGUAUGAAUACAGUGGAGACAUUCUUCAAGCUAUGAACGCACUGAAGGAGGGAGGGGUGUUGAAAAAAUGGGGAGCUGGACUUGAAGAGCCCUAUGACAGGAGAAACGUGUUUUUGGGUGAUCUGAAGAGAGUUGGCGUUCUCAACCCCUCAGGAAUUGGUGUUGCCAGCAUCCGAAAUGACAAGGCCUUCUUAUUCUCAGUCGUUGGCGUUACCAGCGUGGUGGCAGUGGCAGCUGGCUUUCUCCCUGGUGAUUGGGGCUUCUUUGUGCCAUACUUGACUGGUGGCAUCUCUAUCGCUGUUCUGGCUACUGGCUCCACAGCGCCAGGCCUGCUGCAGUUCUUCAUCGACAAGUUCUCCAGCAUCUACCCUGAUUACAGAGAACGUGUGCUGCGACAUGAAGCAGCACAUUUGCUGGCUGGCUACAUCUUUGGAGUGCCUGUGACAGCAUACUCCCUCAACAUCGGCCAAGCACACACAGACUUUGCAGAGGCAAAGCUGCAAAGGAGGCUCAUUGAAGGUAGUCUUGAGGACAAUGAGAUUGAUGCACUGGCGGUAGUAGCGUUGGCUGGUGCAGCAGCAGAGGCGAUGCAGUACGAGGAGGUCAUUGGGCAGACAGCAGAUCUUGUAGAUCUUCAGAGGAUCCUCUUGAGAAGCAAGAAGAAGCUGAACUCUUCGCAGCAGCAAAAUAUGACGCGCUUGGCAAUCUUCGAGGCAUGCAGUCUACUCAAGAAAUAUGAGAAAGAGUACAAAGCUCUUCAGGCGGCCAUGCAGAAUGGAGCGUCUAUUGCAAAAUGCGUGCAAACGAUUGAGGAAGCCUGAAUUUCCCCAUGCGCUCAACUUUUGUGAGGUCUUUUGACCAGGGACACAAUGCAGGAGUCCAGUGACAUGCAACACAUUCAUAUCAAUUGUAAUUAUAAAAUGCAGGCCUAGGCAAAAAGCACUGCCGUACUUUCCAGGUAUAUAUGCCAUUCGCACGUGCUGAUCCUGCCAUUUCGAGCAACAGAUUGCAAGCCGCAUAUGCAUGCUGUAAAAGAAUUCAUCUCG